AUGUUUGACAGCGAGUAUGAGGCCAAGCGACUGCUCCGCAUCGCCGAGAACAAGCGCAAGUUGGUGUCUCUGAACAUCGCCACCUUCGAGCGCCCUGCACCUCCUGCAAGCGCACCAAAAGCCAAAAAACAGAACAAGACCGCGACGAAACAGACCAAGCCAACCAGAGUGUCCAAACGAGUCAAGACUCUACGAACCCAGCAGUCGAAGGCUGAUGCAGUGGCUAAGGAAGCCCACGACUUUCUGCAGCAUUGGGCAACAAUAGUCAAACAGCUGAGGUGGAAGAACAGGCAUACUCAAAAACUCGAAGCUCCGACCUAUACCUGGGCCCAGUUCAAAAAGCUCAAGGAGGAGAGAGAGCAGGAGCUGGACAAGCUGCUCGAAGAGCAGCCUCCAUCGCUCGACCUGCCGUUCGUGUAUCCGUGUCAAGUGCAGAGCUGGCGUCGAGGGUCCCAAGAGAGAACGAACGACCUGAACCUCCAGUUUGAGCCUUUCCACAGCUUGUGUCUCGGCAGACAAGUGCUGCCUGAAGGCAGGCACAGCGUCAUGCACGCCUUGUGCCCGAGUAACGCAGUGAAUUUCGCCAGAACCAACAGGAUUUGUCUCUGGAAAAAUGCCAUGGUGCUGUUCGACUCGGACGAGGAUUCCGAGUACGCGUUCCAUGAAGAUACGGUGGACGGACGCCGAGUCGUCUACUUCGAGUGGCUCGCCCAACUGCGGAAAAACAGCCUCCCAAUGAUUGUUCAGCGGCUGAGCAAGGUUCAGAAGGGUGACGAGUGCCUGCGCUUAAACAAGUCGUACUAUGGCACUAGUGGCGAUGAGAACGAGAGCACGAAGGAGCCGCUGCUGUUUUUCCUCGAACACCCCGCGGGCGUUCAUAUAUACUGCGGACGGCUUGGGUAUCUUGGCCAUCGAGGGUCGAACCCGCCAGAGUUCAGGUGGCAGUUGCUGGACGUUGCGGCAAUGGACUGGAACAAGAUAUUCCGCGCCCUGGAUCUAGAGUAUUAA